CGUGUUACGGGUGUGUUUCCCUGCCGCGUUGGAGAACGCACGUGACUCGCGCUAAGGGCGGAAACACAAUUUUACGUAAGCUGUGCUUGCGAACGACAAUUAUGGCGAUGUAUAAUACCAGAAUUGUGUACCACGGCAUUUUAUUGCUGCUCGCAGCAGUAACCAGUACGGAUUCGACAAAAUGCUCCCGGAUCAUAGAAGGCACCACCGCACCUCGCUCCAUUGCCCUGGGCAAAUAUCAUUUCUUCCUGACGCUUUUCAACAGGACUGACAUUGUGUACGCCUACAUGCCAAAUACUCGAUAUAACGUGGUCCUGCAAGCCGACAGUUCCGAGCAGAUGCACCGGAAGUUUACGAGAUUCCUCAUAUCAGCCGAGGCCGAAACCGCGAAUGAUACAGUUGAUGUCGGCAUUUUCGAUCUUCAGGACGAUGCGAUAACCAAAUUCGCGGAUAAUUGCGCGAAUGCUGUCGUGGAGACAUCCAUGAUGCAAAAGGAAAAAGUUUCUAUUGUUUGGACCAGUCCUGCCGAAGGUAGCGGUUGCAUCCUUCUCAGAGCGACAGUACUGGAGACAGUGGAUACGUGGUACAUGGAUGACUCAAAUUUAAUUCUUAACAUAUGCCAAGAUUCAAAAGCAGAAGCUGAUGAUCAGGGUCCGGUUCUUGAGGAAUGCUGUGCCUGCGACGAGGCAAAAUUUGAAGUUACAUUCGAAGGCCUAUGGUCAAGAAAUACACAUCCAAAAGAUUUCCCUAGCAAGGGUUGGCUGAUCCGAUUUUCAGAUGUGAUCGGUGCAUCGCACACUGGCCCUUACCGAUUCUGGAGCUACAACAGCAUGGCUAGUGAUGGACUAAGACAAGUGGCUGAGUUCGGUGCAACACGGAAGUUAGAAUCCGAGUUAAAGGCUCAGAGCGAACACAUAAGGACUAUAAUCAAAGCAAGAGGCAUAAGUUAUCCAAACGUCACGGGCAAAACGUUUGCUGUGUUUCGAGUUGAUAAGAAGCAUCAUUUAAUGUCAUUAGUUUCUAUGAUUGAUCCAUCACCAGAUUGGUUUGUAGGCGUAUCUGGACUCGAGCUGUGCUUGCCUAAUUGUUCUUGGGUAGAACACAAGCAAUUGAAUCUCUAUCCUUACGAUGCUGGCACUGACGACGGAAUUACAUACGUGUCGCCCGAUUCGCCGACGGAUCCACAGAUUCCGAUUCAACGUAUCACAUCGACACAUCCGAAUGACUCAAGAUCGCCUUUCUACGAUCCAUCUAGUCUAGAUAUGAAACCACUCGCCAAGCUCUAUCUCAACAGACAAAGACUGUAUGAGAAGACCUGCGAUGAUGCAGACGAUACGCAGACUAUUACAGGUACAGUGUAUAAAAAAUAAAACAAAAAAUAUCAUUUGAAGAAAUAAGCCUGUAAAGUGACGUCUUGGAGCGAGUGGUCUCAAUGUUCGGUCACCUGUGGCAGAGGCUUUCAGCUGAGACAACGUCUUUUUCACGACGUAGAUGCGGCUAUGGCGAACAGAUGCAACACGUUUCUCACAGAUCGAAGAAACUGCUACAAUGCACAAAGCCCGUAUUGCAUCAAUAACGGUCGUGACGACGAACUGUUGGAAAGCAACCUAUGCGAAUUAACCGAGUGGACCGCGUGGAGUCCAUGUUCGUCGAGUUGUGGCGAUGGUUUCAUGACCCGAAACAGAAACUUCCGGCAGAAGAAGCAUCGGAAACAGUGCAGAGCCGUGCCGAAUGGGCCGCAACUCCAGCAGACGAUCGAGUGCGGAAAACCUUGCGAUGGCGAGGAUACCGAGGAGGUAAGGCAACGAUUGAAUCAUUUGGACAACGAUGAUGAGGAUGAGGCUCAAACCGGUGAGAUGGCAGACGAAAACGGACAGAAAUGGCUGCAGACAUGUCCUGCUGAUCGCUAUACAGAAUGGUCCACGUGGUCGCUAUGCACUGCCAGUUGCGGACCCGGCAUCAAGAUGAGAUCCAGACAAUUAUUGUAUAAAGACGAAUUGGACAAGGACGACGAGAAGUGCAAGAUGCAGAUGGUGCCAUGCAUAGCCGAAAUUUCGAGCUGUAAUUACACGAGGGAAGAGGCAGAAAAAAUUUGUAGCGAACCUCUGCAGAAAGGACAUUGUAAUAGAAACGAAUUACGAACCUACUUCGACAAACAAAAGGGUCGUUGUCAGUACUUCUUCUACACUGGAUGCGGCGGUAAUCGAAACAAUUUCCCAAAUGAACAAGAUUGUAAUAAAGUUUGCAGUAAUUUUCAAAGAGAUUUGAGGGCGAAUAUGUCGACAAUUAUGAAAAACUUGAAGGUGUCUCUUAGCAGCGUCCUCAGCUAUCAUAUUCCCGUUAAGGAGCAACGCAAUACGAAAGCGAAAAGAGCACAACACGAAAAGGAGAAUUUUAAAGGCAUUGAAGCGAGCAGUCAGAUAAUGGAAUCGAAUGAAAAUGGCGAAGUAGACUGUCAGGUCUCCGAAUGGAGUAAAUGGACCCAUUGUGAUAACUGUCGUGGAUAUACUAUGAGCAUAAGGCAAAUUAUGAUUCCAGCCAAAAAUGGAGGUAAAAGCUGUCCAAAGAAGACUCUUCGAAGAAAGAAGUGCCGUAAGAUUCCGCCGUGUUCUCUACAGGGUGAUGGAACAGGUCGGCGAUUUCAUAGAGACAAAAAUACCGGAAUUGAUCACGAGAUUACAGUGGAUUGCGAAGUAACACCGUGGUCAACGUGGUCAAAGUGCAGUGCGAUCUGCGAUGAGGGGUUACGAAGCAGAGUCAGAAGUGUGACAGUGAAACCGAGAGGAGCCUGGGCCAAACUUUGUCCAACCUUGGUGGAAUUCAAGAAGUGCCGCAAGAUGAAUUGUCCGCAAUAGACCAGCGUUUCAGUAAUUUUGUCGCUAGUUAAUCGAUAGCGAUUUACAAAGCGGUACGUUUCGAAGCGCGUUUAGAAAUAGAGGUAGCGAAGUUAUAUAUCGAAGAAUAAGAAUAACAACUUUAUCGGACAUUUACUUGAGCGGAUAUUCGUCAUUUUCAUAGAGAAAAUAGAAUUUACGAGAUAAAAAUCAGGGAAACAGCGAAUGACACGACAAAGUAUUUCAUUUGAUAGC